UGGAGGUUUUUUGCUUUGAGCUGUUGACAGGAGGAGAGCGCUCUCCGGCGCAGUGAAGUAAUAUUCAGUGUGUGCUUUAGCCAUGGCGGCCACAGGAGGAGGGAAAAUCAGAACAAGACGAUAUCACAUCGUUUCUAAACCUUAUGGCAAGGGCAAACAGCAGCCUGGGUUGAUCAGCCGAGUAACAGACACAGUGAAGAGCAUAGUCCCCUCUUGGCUACAGAAGUACUUCAAUAAUGGUGAGGGAGCUGAAGGAGGAGAGAUCCAUGUGCAGGUGGAGCAGAACAAUGUACCUACUCCUCCCAAUGGCAAUCAAGAACCUGCUCCGCUCCCCGAUGGACGCGACUCUCCAGAACCCAGCACCAGUAAUGCAGAACCCUCUACCAGCAAAGCGUCCCUGAAUUUCCAGGACGUUCUCUCCAGACCUCCACUUAACCGCUCCCACCUACAUUUCCCUUCCCUCGAUGGCUCCCCAGCACUUGGGGGCUCACUCUUCUCCCAGCCUUCCACAUCUACUGCUCCCUUUCCAGCAAGCCCUUUUGCUGUAAGCUCAAGCUUCUCUCUAGUGAAGGAGAUCAAGGACUCAAGCUCUCAGCAUGAGGAUGACAAUAUCUCCACCACAAGUGGCUUCUCAUCUCGAGCGUCUGAUAAAGAUGUACCCACAUCAAAGACUGCUCCACUCCUCUGGUCCCCAGAGGCAGAACGCACACAGUCCGGCUCACAGCCGGCUCAUGCUAGUCUCAAAAAGCCAGCUUUCAACCUGUCAGUCUUCGGCACUUCGUCAUCAUCAGUGAUGAACAGUUCAGUGCUGAACUCAAGUCAGCUGGGAGAUUCUCCCUUCUAUCCAGGAAAGACUACGUAUGGAGGCGCUUCAGCUGCCAAGACGGCUCGUUCACGGCCAGGCACGCCUUAUCAGGCUCCAGUGAGGAGACAGAUCAAGGCCAAACCGGCAGGAGCUCAGCCUUGUGGAGUGACCAGCGCCACAGCCAGACGCAUCCUGCAGUCACUAGAGCGCAUGUCUAGCCCUCUUGCUGAUGCGAAAAGAAUUCCCUCAACAGUUUCUUCUCCUUUGUCAGCAUCAUUGAAUCACACAGAUCUAGAUGCUAGUAAUUUCCAGUCUAAGAGGAAAAAGCUGGAGCCGGCUGUCCCACCUGUGCAGAAACUGGUGAUUCCAGCUGCUGCAGCUGUGUCUGGAAACCGCUCUAUGUCUUUCCGCCCUUCUCUUACUCCUGGAUCUAUGAGCAGAGUGGUGGAGAAGGGGAGCAAGGAGACGCCUGUUAGACGGUCCCCUCACAUCCCAGAUGCCAUUCCAGCUGCUACACCAAGCACAAGCAGUCUGUCAUACCCCUUGUCCAGUACACCUGCUGCCAGCAUCACAGGUGCUGGUGGAGGCAAGAUGAAGCGAGAGAGGAGUAUCCGACCUUCCACCAAAAGACCUGACGACGAGGUUGCUGAAGUGCUGGAUCUUCCUGCUGUUUCUCUGCCAAUCAGUAACUUCAAGCUGCCCACCUUCAGUUUCUCAUCCCCACCCCCAGCCUCGACGCUCACACCCAGCACCAUGGCAAAGCCUCUGGUCUCUGAUCGAGCAGCUGACAGCAAGGGGACAACGACCAUGUCUACGCCCGUUUCUGUCUCUUUUACCUUUUCUUCGCCUAUUGUCAAGGCAACAGCUGCCAGUCCAAUGUCCUUUUCUUCAUCACCUGGAUUUACCUUCAGUGCACCUACUAUGAAAACCACAACUUCCAUGUCAAAUGGGAAACUUACUCCAGCAAUACCUACAUUGAAAACAGUCAGUGAAAGUAAUGACGAGUUUGAUGGGCCUUUCAAACCUGCUAAAGCUUUGAAGCAGGGUAGUGUUCUGGAUAUCCUUAAGGGACCUGGAUUUGCUUCUCCAGCCCGGAACUCCUCUGAAACAGAUCCCGCAAAGUCGACACGCAGCACAACUGUACAUACACCCUUGACCUCUCUCGCUGGGUUUGGGGAGAAGUUUAAACCUGCAGCAGGAUCAUGGAACUGUGGAACCUGCCUGUUGCAAAACAAAUCUUCAGACAAAAAGUGUGUGGCCUGUCAGGCUCCACAGCCCAGCACAGACUCUUCAUCCAAGUCAGACAGUAAACCUGGGAAAGCCCCUGCUGCUAGUCAUAGCUCUUUGUUUGCCCCUCCAGCUGAAGGCUGGGAUUGUGACACAUGUAUGGUGAAGAACAAGCCUGAAGUGGUUAAAUGUGUAGCGUGUGACACAGCCAAGCCAGGAACUGGAGUAAAACCUGCCCUGACUCGGCCUCCUGUCUCUGAAGUCUCCUCAGCACCCUCAGCUUCUUCUACCGCAGCCACCAAUUCCACAACCACCACCACCACCACAACAUCUGGACUGCUAAGUUUUGCUGACAAGUUUAAGAAGCCAGAGGGGUCAUGGGAUUGUGAUGUAUGCAUGGUUCAAAACAAAGCACAGGAUGUUACGUGUGUAGCGUGUCAGAGUGCUAAACCAGGAGCAGCAGCACCUUCGUCCCAAGCACCUUCAUCCCUGCCUCCUGCAUCUACACCAGCAAGUAGUGCUCCUCUUUUGGGAUUUGGCGACCAGUUCAAGAAACCCGAGGGCAGUUGGGAGUGUGAUGUCUGCUGUGUUCAGAACAAGGCUCAGGACUCGCAGUGUGUGGCCUGCCAAUCAGCCAAACCAGGCGCUAAAGUAGAAACCAAAGGAAUUGGCCCUCCAUCAUCCAGCACUAAUUCAACCUCAACCGCGUUCAAAUUUGGUACUUCAAAUUCUUCAAAUUCAGGCUCUGGUGAACUGAAAUUCGGUGGAACUUUUUCAAACUCCACCUCCACAGUGUCCUUUAAAUUUGGCAAUGCUUCUUCAGACACCGCUGCACCUUCUGCAGGCUUCAAAUUUGGUGGCUCAUCCUCAGAUAGUUCUUCACAAGGUUUCAAAUUCGGAGGAGCUUCCUCGGAACACACCUCAACAAGUUCAAGUGAGGGUUUCAAGUUUGGUGGUUCCUCAGAUGGCUUUAAAUUGGGAGCAGCCUCUACUUCUGAAUCAACAAGUGAAGAGAAAAAGACCGAACUUCCAAAUUCUGGUGCUGGUUUUAAAUUUGGAGGAGGCAGUGCAAGUUUUGGCUCUGACUUUAAAUUUGGAGCACCCUCUACUUCUGAAUCAAAAAAUGAAGAGAAAAAGACUGAACCUCAAAAUUCUGGUGCUGGUUUUAAAUUUGGAGGAAGUAGCGCAAGUUUUGGCUCUGGCCCUAAAUUUGGAGCAGCCUCUACUUCUGAAUCAACAAGUGAAGAGAAAAAGAGCGAAUCUCAAAAUUCUGGUGCAGGUUUUAAAUUUGGAGGAAGCAGUGCAAGUAUUGGCUCUAGCUCCAUAAGCACUGCAACUGCUACAACUGCAUCAGGGGGCUUUGCAUUUGGGCUCUCAAAACCUGAAGAGAAAACGGGGUCAAAUCUGUCAUUCAGUUUGGCAGCACCUAAAGCCAAAGCUGACAAGGAAGACCCUCUUCCUUCCACAGAAGCUGCUUCAGCCACUGCCAACGCUGCCCCCAUUUUCAACACAGCUGAACUAUUUGUGGACGGAGCCCAACAGAAGACUUCAACCACUACUUUCAUGUUUGGUAAACCAGAGGAGAAAAAGGAUACCUCAACACCCUCCACCGGAUUUCUGUUCAGUGCAGCCAAGGAGGCUGACAAACCUGCACCCUCUGUGGGCUUCAGUUUCAGCAAGCCAGACCCUUCAAAGGAGCUCUCUAAACCUACAUUUACAUUUGGAAAACCUGCUGAGCCCACAGAAACCACAAAGCAGACAUUCGGCUUUGGACAGAAUGCAACAGAUAAUACAGCAACAAAGCCUGCGUUUUCUUUCAUGGGCAGUUCAUCCACCACCCCUGCCUCCUCCAGUCUUGCACCAAGCGUCUUUGUGACUCCCAGCAGUUCAAGCUUGGCCCCCACCCCUGCUCCAACCAGUACCUUUGUUUUUGGCCAGAGCUCCUCUACAGAUGCACCUUCCAAGACCUUCAUGUUUGGACAGCAGCAAGAAACCCAGCCAUCCUCAGCAGAACCCGCGGCUGCUAAUAAUCCAGUACCGACAUUCGUCUUUGGGUCUGUGAGCAAUUCUAAUGCAUCACCUUUCUCUUUCGGCGGUGCAGCUUCUACGCCCGCAUCUACAGCCCCUGCACCCUCAGCAGCUCCAUUUGGGUUUACUGCCACCACGUCCGCCUCUGGCUUUAGCUCUGGACAGACACCAGCGUUCGGCUCCUCGCAGUCCACUGUUCCAGCUUUUGGCUCAGCUGCAUCCUCUUUCACAGCCACAGCAUCAGCAACUCCUGCCUUUGGAACGAAGCCUAGCGCUCCAUCUGUGUUUGGCCAGCAGCCUAACUCAACACCUGCUUUUGGAUCAUCUGCUGCCUCUUCUGGGCAAGGAGGCUUCCAGUUUGGAGGAGCUACAGCUUUUGGUGCGUCUGGUAGCAACAACAGCAGUGUAUUUACAUUUGGAGGAGGAUCCGGAGGUACAGCCAGUCCUGCAUCAACUCCAGCCAUGCCUGCACAGCCAGCAGCCCCUGGAGCUGGCUUCAGCUUCUCACAGCCCCCAGCCUUCAAUAUUGGGUCAGCAAAGAGUUCUAACCCGGCACCGACUGGACAGCAUAACAUCGCUGGCCGCAAGAUCAAAACUGCUGUUCGGCGUAGGAAGUAAAGCUGGAGAUGAUGCAGGCUGCCUCACCUUUGAACAAACACUGAAGUACUUAGUAUUUUGAGCUUGGUACACACGGCUCUCUUUUGCCAGGAGGUUUGUUUUGCAGUCAAGGGUCAUUGGUAGACUCUGGAGCCCUGGCCCUCUGACUGAAACUCACAGAGACUCAAAAAUGCGAAAUAAAUGAAUACAAUCAAGCAAAAACCUUACCAUGUGCAGGAAAGGUAUAUCUAUUUUCAGCAUCUGCAAUGUUGGCAGGAUUUGCGCAUGACUUUUUGUAAGGAAAGCAUACCAUGCAAAAACAAAUUUAGGGCAGUGACAAAUAGGUUUUGCUUGGGUGAUUUGCAGGUAAAUCUGCGCAUGGCAGAAACAAGGACUAGUUGCUGUAUGUACAGUGAGGCGAGUGUUUCUAUGUCCUGAAUGAAGCAUUUUUUUUUGUUUGUUUUUUUGUGCGCAGAUUUGUAUGUGUGUGUGGUUUCUUUGUACAUGCUCAAUUGUGCUGGUUGGAAAAUGGAGGAAAAUGAAUGUGUUUAAGGAAAGGGCUGGGUGGUGGUGUGGGUUACACCCACGUUCUGCCAAUUGGUCAGUGGAAAAAGCCCCGCUGCUCUCCUCGGAUCCUCUGUAAAUCUGCACUUCCAAAUUUGUUCAAUUUCAUCCUCAAAUUAGUUUUUCCCCUCCUCUCCUCCUAUUACUCUCCCACUUUCUUGCUCUCAAUUCUCUACACCUCAUCUUGCUUUUUGUCUCCUGCCUUUUGAAUAUUAUUAAAAAAUUGUAAAUAGUAACUUUUUUUUAAUCUGUGAAGUUUUUGUGUGUUAAACAAGCUUAUUUUUCAUUCAGCUUUUUUUUUUUUUGUCUUUUAGAAUUUAUGUAAAGCCCUUAAUUCAAAGUUACCCAAAUCCAUUUAAAAAUGACCUUAAAUGCAAAUUGGGGAUCCUUUGAAGACUAAAGGUAUAUUGGCAUUUCUGAUCCACUUUUGUUUGGACCAAAACCAGUAUUGUAAAAAGUGUUAAGUAUAUAUUUUUCUAUUGCUUGUUUAAAUGGACUUAGGGUGACUUUGGAUAAUAAGGACAUCUACUUAAUUUUAAAGCCAUGAUAAUUAUUACUGAACAAGUGAUAAAUAAAACCAUGGGUAAUUGCCAUCAAUAAAAUUAUGAAAUGA